CAGCAAAACCACUAGAAAGUCUAAAACCCUCUGUUUUUUCAAAAAAUACUGCUGCUGCUAUGCUGCUAGUGUUCUCGCAACCCGCGAUCAUCAUCACCACAACCCCCGGCCGUCUUUCCUUGUUUCCGGUUUAGGCUACUGUCCUGUCCUGAACCAGGAAUUAAUAUCUUGCAGUGUUUGAACACUGUCUUCUAGAAUCUAAUACAUAAUGGAUUUAAGAUCUAAAGGUAUGGCCUGGGCUGGAAACAUUUACCAGAAGUUUGAAACUAUGUGCCAUGAAGUGGAUAAUGUUGUGAAUAAGGAUGCAUUUAAAUUUGUUGAAAAUCAGGUGCACUCUGUGGGUGAGAACAUGAAGAAAAUCUAUUCUGAUGCUGUCCAUGAUUUAAUCCCUCCUUUGGCGGAUCCUGCAAAAUGUGAAGCUCCAGCAGCAGCUACCAUUGGUGCGUAUAUUAUUAAAACUGUGAUUGGCAUCGAGGAUGAUCAUGGGUAUACUUCUCAGGCAAAGCAAUCACCUGCGGAGCUUGGUGAUCAUGAUCCUAUGACAAAGCAGCUAGGCAAGGAUGUCUGGGAGCUUCAGGUUGCAAAUCAAUUGACUAUCACUGGCAAUUCUGAAGAAACACUUGAAGGGGCAGAAUCUGAGUCAGCUCUUGGAGUUGACGAUGUUACAACUGAGACUUCUGAUGUGAGCACUGAAGAAAAUUCAGUAAAGGAGAAUUCCUGUGGACCCGAGGAGUUGGAAUCUAUUACUCAUGGAGAUAAAGAACCUUUUGAAGCAUCCAGUGAAUUUCCUGAUUUUAGUAGUGAAAAUGCAUGUGGGUUUCUGGAUGAGGUUUCACCUGUUACUUCAGUUCCUGGUGAGGCGUUCCAGUGCCCUCAAGAUGUGGGAACUAUAUGUGAUAGCUCUGCAGGUGAUUCCUACUCUGCUAAUGUGAUUGUUUCUUCUUCUCAGAUGUCCUUUUCAGUUGUAUCUUCUGAAAAAGAAGCAGUGGAGAUGGAAAUUGCAUCCCCCAGCUGUUCCAUAUUCAAGGAAUCUCAUUGUUUGCCUGGGAUCCCACUUGAUAACAUCACCACCAAAUUAAUCUCUUGCGGUAAUCCUUGUGAUGUGGCUGGCCAUGAUUCUGACAGUUCCAAAAUGCUCCUGUCUUCUACAUCAUCUCAUUCUGAUGGUUCUGUUGUGCUCUCGUCUUCUACAUCUGCUCCAACUGUUUCAUGUAAGAUCAAUGGAGCAGAGAUGGGGCUUGCCUCCUCCAACAGUGUGCUUUCCUUGGUAUCAAUAGGAUGCUCGGAUGACUCUGCUAUGGAAGAUUUGACAGAAUCUGAAAUGGAAAACAUUGAUUUGUCUGAGAAUGUGAAGCUUGAUGAAAGUUGUGUCAUUGUUGACAAUAGCUUUCUCUAUGAAGUCUCUCGUAGAAAUCGUAGACUCAGAUCAUACAAGAAAAAAAUCCAAGAUGCUUUCUCUUCCAAAAAGAGGUUAACCAAGGAGUAUGAGCAGCUUGCAAUUUGGUUCGGGGACCUUGAUGGCCAUGAUACAAUGCAGCACGAGUUGUCAUCUAGUACCACCAUCACCUUGGAUCCGCAAACUAAUUGGAGACAAGACUCUGAAUGGGAGCUGCUGUAAACAAAUUGCUAGAGACGUGAACAAAACAUAAGUGGGCUAAUUGGCCAGCCUGCCCCUUGUACAGUUUAAUAAGUUGAAGACAAUGCCACGGUUUGUGAAUAAUGGUUGGAGGGUAUAAAGUUUAGUAUAGAAAAAUAUAGAGUAAUAAAGUAGAAGAUGAUUAUCCAAUCUCAUCUGCCUAACUGCUGCUGCUGCUGCAGUUUCUAUUCUGAUCAAGUUGCUAUGAAAUUGCAAUAUCUUGGUAGUA